AUGGCAUCUUUCAACCUCACCCUCUCUGACCCAUCAACAUUCAUCCUAAUGGGCAUCCCUGGCCUGGAAGCUGUCCACUUCCUGAUUUCCAUCCCUUUCUCUAUGUUCUACAUUAUCGGCCUGUUGGGAAAUUUCACACUUUUGUUCGUUGUAUGGAAAGAGCAGACCCUGCACAAGCCAAUGUACCUGCUGCUCUGCAUGCUGGUGCUUACAGACAUAAGCAUGCCUACCUCCGUCGUUCCGAAGGCACUGUGUAUAUUUUGGUUCAAUUUGAAAGGCAUUACUGUGGGUGGCUGCCUCACCCAGAUGUUCUUUCUGCAUGCGGCUUCUGUGAUGCACUCAGCCAUUCUAGUGACAAUGGCCUUUGAUCGCUACGUUGCCAUAUGUGACCCUCUGAGAUACGCCACCAUCCUCACCAAUGCACGAGUAGCUAAGCUAGGGCUAGUGGGUUUGAUGAGAGCAGUUCUCUUCAUUCUGCCCCUGCCCCUGCUCCUGAGCAGGCAGCCAUUCUGUGACAACCGCAUUAUCCCCCACACGUACUGCGACCACAUGGCUGUGGUGAAGAUGUCGUGUGGGGACAUUACAGUCAACAGGACGUACGGCUUGGUGGUAGCAUUUGUAGUCAAUGGAUUAGACCUGAUGCUCAUUGCCAUCUCCUACAGUCUGAUCAUCAGGGCAGUCCUCAGAAUCUCCUCCAAGAAGGCACAUCAGAAAGCCCUUAACACCUGCACAGCUCACAUCUGUGUGAUACUGAUGUCUUAUAUUCCCUCCCUCUUCUCCUCUCUGACACACCGGUUUGGUCAGGGCAUUGCUCCACACGUUCACAUCAUCUUGGCCAACCUCUAUUUCCUCCUUGCCUCCAUGCUCAACCCUAUCAUUUAUGGAGUCAAAACGAAAGAGCUUCGUGACAAAGUGGGCAAAUACACUUGCAGAAGGUGA